CGAUAUUACGAGUCCAUUGGUUUCUUUGACGGUCCUUUGUAGGAAAUUUAACCGUUCAUCUCUCUCUCUCUCUCUCUCUCACUCACCACCACUCUUUCUGAUCGACUUGACUCUGGUCUCUUUGUCUCCUUUAAGUUAUCUUCCGUCAAUGGAUUCCUUUGCUGGAUUCGGCAAUUCUUAUGAAUUCAGCAGCACUAGCUUCUUCUUCACCGCACCCACCGACUCAUCUAUUCUUUAUGCCCCCACCGCACCCGAUGCAUCGGCGCUGCGACUUCUCUCCAACAGCCUCGAGUCCGUCUUUGACUCGCCGGAAUCUUUCUACAGCGACGCCAAGCUUGUUCUCUCCGGCGGACGGGAAUUAUCCUUCCACCGCGUUCUUCUCGCAGCGAGGAGCCCCUUCUUCAGAAACGCCCUGACCACCGCCGUCGUGAAGCUCGAGCUGAAGGAGAUCGCCAAGGAUCACGUCGUCGGCGUUGACUCGGUGGUCGCCGUUUUAGCGUACAUUUACAGCGGCAGAGUGAAGCCGCCGCCGAAAGGAGUCUCCGAAUGCGCAGACGAGAGUUGCUGCCACGUGUCCUGCCGGCCGGCGGUGGAUUUCAUGGUGGAGGUUCUGUAUUUAGCUUCCGUCUUCGAGAUUCAUGAACUAGCUACGCUCUACCAGAGGCAUUUACUGGACGUUGUAGACAAAGUUGUUGUAAUAGAGGACACAUUGCUCGUACUCAAGCUUUCUAGUAUCUGUGGUGAAGCUUGCAAGAAGCUAACAGAUAAGUGCUUAGAGAUUAUUGUCAAGUCUGAUGUCGACUUAGUUACUCUUGACAAGUCAUUGCCGCAACACAUCGUCAAAGAGAUAGUUAAAGUCCGUAACGAUCUCGGCUUUGAGGUGCCUGAGCUAGAGAAACAUGUCUUGAAUAUAUACAAGGCACUUGACUCUGACGAUGUCGAGCUUGUCAAGAUGCUUUUGACCGAAGGCCACACUAAUCUUGAUGAUGCCUACGCUCUUCAUUUCGCUGUUAAGUAUUGCGAUGUCAAGACCGCGAAUGAUCUCCUUGACCUAGAGAUUGCCGACGUUAACCUUAGGAAUCCAAGGGGAUAUACGGUGCUUCAUGUUGCCGCCAUGCGCAAGGAGCCUGAUCUGAUACUAUCUCUAUUGACAAAAGGGUCACGUGCAUCGGAAACGUCUUUGGAAGGUAGAACGGCUCUCUGGAUUGCGAAGCAAGUCACUAUGUUGGCUGAGUAUAAUAAUCUUGCGGAGCAAUGCAAGCCUUCUCUCAAAGGUAGGAUAUGCGUGGAGAUACUAGAGCAAGCGGACAAAGGAGAUCCAUUUCCUUGGGAUGUUUCUCCCUCUCUUGCAAUGGCGGACCAUGAACUCAAGAUGAGGCUGCUCGAUCUUGAAAACAGAGUUGCACUGGCUCAACGUCUCUUCCCAACGGAAGCACAAGUUGCAAUGAAUAUCGCCCAAGUGAAGGGAACAUCCGAGUUCACUGUGUCUAGCCUCGACCCUGACUAUCUCGCUGGUGCAAAGAGAACAUCACCUUUUAAAAUCCUAGAAGAGCAUCAAAGCAGAUUAAAAGCGCUUUCUAAAACCGUGGAACUGGGGAAACGCUUCUUCCCACGAUGUUCGGCAGUACUUGAUCAGAUUAUGGACUCUGACGAUUUGACUCAGCUGGCUUGCGGAGAAGGCGACACACCUGAGAAAAGAUUACAAAAGAAGCAGAGGUACAUGGAAAUACAGGAGACUGUGAAGAAGGCCUAUACUGAGGACAAGGAGGAACAUGGAAAUUCCUCUCUCUCAGCUUCGUCUUCUUCCACGUCCAAAUCAAAAGCUGGAAAGAGGUCUAAACUCUACCAUCGGCGUCGCUGAGACUCUUGGGAGUUUACAAGAAGCAAAGUGUGAAAAAAAUGACAAAUGGUUAUCUACUAAUUAUCUUCUUCUAAGAACCAAAAUAAUAUUCAGUUUCCCUUGCUAUCACCACAGUUUAAGGUCAACAAGAAACUGUUCUCCAAACGUUUGGCAACGUUCAUGCACGAACUUUCAGGAUGCACUUUAGUCUGCAGCAGCCGGAAGUUGUUUCAAGCUUAAUGUUCAUCUCAUAGUUUCAAUGCAUCCAACAUUUUUAUUUUAUUUAAUUCAUUAAAUAUGUGAAUUUCAUAUAAAUAUGAAGCUGAUUUGUAACAAGUACAAAAGGAGGUGAAUUGUAAAUGUUGAGCCAGAUCUAGCAUCGAAGUUGGAUUACAUAAGAGGCGAGAUACGGAAUAAUAGGACAUGUAUACUUAACUUGCCGGAUUAUGAAGCCAUGAGUUCUUGGUGAUGGAGAAAUGGUCUCUCUUGGGAAAGGUGGUUUCUAACACCGUGACUCCGUGAGAGAGCUAGGUUGAAAAACAUCUAUGUGACUCUUGCUUUGUGAAUCUAGCUCUCUUUCACAAUCUCAUGACUUUUUGGGUUUCUGAAUUUUACUUCUUACCCACAUUUGUAUGAGAUUAGUCUAACAAUGCCUACUGGUAUUUCUUUUGAG